AUGUAUACAUACAAGUACACCUUCGGUAGCAAGGGAGUGGUCGAUGUGCACAAGAACAUCUUGGCCUAUAUCCUGUGCAUCUCCGUUGUCGAUCAUAGGGAUGUUACCCUUGACGAGCUCAUCUAUCUCGCUUCUGAGUUUGCUGGCGACGGUGACGUUGGACCGGGAUCUGGAUUCCAGCAAUACUUGGAGAUGAUUAUGAAGACCUGGAAUGCUCUGAGAGCUAUUGAUCCUCUGCCUGUUAGCGGCAGGCCAGCUCUCGAGUACCCCGUGAACCUGCAGCUACCAGUCAGGACUACUCCUACAGCUUGA